AUGGGCACCGUAACUGUUGCGGAUGGAAUGACUGAGGCAGAGGUGGGCUCAUUGUUUGAGCACGUGAAAAGGUACCUGCCUUCGUUCCACACGGAGGACUUCAUGACGGAUGACACGAACACAUUCUGGAAGGGCUAUAACAAGGCCAUGAAAAGGAAUGCCAAAGCGACACUUAUCAACCGUGAUCUCUUCGAACCGUUCUUCAGGAAGAUGAAAGAGAUAUGCCUCGUCCGCAACAGAAACGUGUUCGUGGCGAAAUACACGUUGAUACUGGGGUACCUCCGUAAAAAUGAAGAAAGCGUUCUCUCAUCGUACAUGGAAAAUUCAUGGAGCGAUAGAGUGGACCAAUGGGCAGCGUUCGGGUGGCUAGGGUCCUGUGUAAACACUUCUAUGCUCUGUGAACGUUUCCAUAAAACGCCGAAGCACGAGAUGUUGGAGGGAAAGGCCAACAAGGAAAGCGGGCUGAAGGAAGGAAAGUACAGGCUCCAGCAACAUCAUAAGGCGCCCACGUUGGCUGUCAACAAAUACCAUGGGCAGCGGCACCUUGUCUGUCGCUGUUGCUGGUCUUGGAACCUGGGAAGUGAAGGACAAUGGAAGCUCAUAUUGCGUGGAAGAACAAUAUUGUCCAUGCGACGAGGAAAUGGAUGUGCUGCAUGCCCAUAUGCUUACGCCUGCUCUUGUCCCACGGAUGUGAGACGUGGGAUUAGCUGUACGCAUGUCCAUGCAGCUCUGUUAUACGCAGCAGCAGGACGCCGCUCGCAGCAAAAUUGUGGGUUGUCAUUGUCUUCGAUAGAGGUGAAGAGGCUGGGAGUGUAUGUAGGUGUAGAGGAGAUCUCAAGGAGUUCACCGGAUAUACAGGACGGGAACAGAGACCUUCUCCAGGGGAUUGAAAUGGAAAAGGCAUCGAUACGAGAAGAUGUCAUCAAAAUUAUGAGAAGGCCAACAGAAGGCGCUCAAAUGAGUAUGGAGCAAACGCUGCGCAAUUUGGAACGAUUACGCAAAACGACGGACUCGUUAGCGGAUAACGCUGAAGGAGCCACCACAACAUGCGCCUUGCAUGCCGCCCAGAUGUUCCUCUUGUCGGCUAUUUUCAAGCUCCUACUCCGAUACGGAAAUUACAGAAGCGAGCCCAUCUGCGCAAGGAGGAGCAAACUAUGCGACGAAAGUCACUGCUGGACAUUCGGGACUGCGCGAAAGAAGAGGACGCUGUCCAACAUGCGAAGAUUGGAUGCAUACCGAAUGUAUCAGCAACAACGUGUGCCCUCACGAUGGAAUAGAGUUAGGCAGCAGUGA